GCCUUAUAUCAUGCUGAUUUGCACUACAUUACAAAAGGAAUGGCGGAACAGUUUUUGUACCUUUCAUUAUAUCUUAUGGAUCUAUCUUUUGGUCAAGCCAUUGGCCAAUGGGUUCUGGUUGCAAUUCUAUAUAAAAUUGGAUUGUCUAUUGUUAUAGGAAUUUUUACAGGAUAUGUCGCACGAAAAUUAUUGUAUCUGUCGGAAAAAAACCGAUUGAUAGACAAAGAAUCCUUUUUAGUAUUUGCCAUAGCGUUAGCUUUAUUUCUAACGGGGUUUGUGUCGAUUAUCAGCGGUAGUGAUUUACUGGCAUGUUUCAUAGCUGGAACCUCUUUUACUUGGGACGACUGGUUUCGGAGAGAGACCGAAGAAGCUCACCUACAAGAAGUUAUCGACAUGCUGCUAAACCUGGCUGUGUUUGCAUUCAUAGGGUCUUUAAUUCCAUGGCAAUCAUUUGCUG